UUCCAAAAAUGAGAGCAGUGUAUUUGAUUGUUAUUAUUGCUCUAUCAACCCCAGUAUUCUCUACCAAAGACCUCCGCCUGCUAUUCCCUCUUGAUAAGCAGUACGUAUACGAGGUCCACGCCUCUCUGUCUACCCUCUCAAGCGCUAGUGAUGGCUACAAAGACACUUCCUGGAGCCUCACAGGCCGCCUGAAGGCCCAAGUCUUCGAUAACGAAAGCCAUGUGAGAUACGAAUUGGACGACAUAAAGGUCCAUGUAACAAGCAAAACUGAUGGCCACAUAUCCUAUCAAUUUGAUAACGAACUCGCACCAUUGAAAUUACCAUGGAUCGUAGAAUAUUAUAAGGAUAUUUGCCUCAUAGAAGCCAUAUUUCUACCGGCAGAACCCACGUGGGUCUCAAAUGUGAAACGCGCACUCAGUCUGAACUUCCAAUUGAAGAAGGGCGAAGGGAUCUACACCAGCUAUGAACCCUGCAUCCACGACUACCGCUGCCUCACCACCUACGUCACAGAUAAGAACAAGAUCAAGAAGUUUACAUCCUCACCCUCGUCUCCCAAGUUCGGGAACAGCUGGCGAUCUGUGCCGUGGACUGACCCGGUAUAUCGCCAAGAUCAGGCGUUGUGGAACUCUAUUGCAAAAAUGGAAUAA